CUUUUUGGCACGCCAGCAGGAAGAUGGAACACAUGGAUGUUGGCGCGGAGAACACUCCGCAAAUCCGCCGCCAGCUCCUAUUCCAAGGACUCUCCAUCAAGCAGACGGAAUCUCAGUUCCAUUCCGAUCGCGUCGACACCGCGCCGACACAUGGAGCAGCCAAAGUCUCGUCGUUUUCUGCCGCCAAGAAAGGGUCGACGAAGCAAAGGUGGUAAUCUUCCUGUGUGAAAGUCUCGCUAAUGCAAGUCCUACGAAGGCGAGCCUUGGGCGACAUAUCGAACAACAAGACCGCGCAGUUUCACGACUUUCAAACGCCUCGAAAGGGCGGCGCUGGCGAGAAGGCUGGGGAUGCUGAGGACGCCGUCUCGAAGCUAGCGUCGUUUCCGUCAGUCACGACGAAACCGCGAACAGAUGAGGAUAUUGAACUAGCAUAUGGAGGAAUUUCCGCGGCAGACACCGACGCCCUGCACAUGAAGGAGCUGAAGCAGCAAAUGGACGCGGAAAUUCUAUCCUGGCAGCAAGAAGUGGACGCUGCUCAGUCUGCUGAACCUGUCGAGAUGCCUUUGGACGACCUCGACGACGUAACCCACUGCAACUUCCCACCCAUUCACCUGGAUCACGACUUGCCUCCGUCCGAUGCGCUCCAUGAUGUCGACUCGUUGGACAUUCCUCCAUUGUUUGAAGACGUCAAGCUGGAGUUUGAAAUCCACGGCGAAUCACUUACUCAUCCUAGUAUAUGAAUGAUGAAUGCAAGAAACCUAUUGAAUAAUGCCGUCGAUGGACCGAGCCAUGCGCAGCAAUUCGGUCACUUUGUCGAGCGGACACGUUUUCCAGGUUUCCUCGGCCAUGAACAGCUCGGUGAGGGUGUAAAACGCGUCGAGCUUUGCUUGCAUCUUUGGCGACGGACACGUCACGGGCACUUCGAUGUGGCGGCGACUCCGGCUCAACUGGAGCACUUGGGCAGCUCGAUUCACCGAGUCGUUGUCCAUCCC